AUGACUCACUUUGACCCCGCCUCCAUUUCGUCUCAAAGAGCGCUGACUUCAAUUCAGGCUGCGGUAAAGAACUUUCGGCGGACCCAAGGCAUCUCAGAUCCGAAUGUUCGGGCCCGGCUCAACUCCGCGUUCUUGCAUCUAUCGCUUCGUGACUUCAGGCGUUCGAUUGCGGCAGGAUGCUACGUUUGUCGACAUCUCGAGGAUACACUCCGUGCCGAAUAUGAGCUUCGGCGCAGACACAAACAUGGCGUUGCGGGCUUUAGGCCACUCAUGAUUGCCCGCAACCUUCUGGCACGGGUUUUGAAUUGGACUAUACAACAUGUACUCAUUCCUUGGACGGUACAUACUGAAUUUGUUUUAUCGAAGAUAUUCCUGAGCGCAGCACAGCAGUAUUGUACAAGGAGAUACAAGUUCUGGAUUUGUGUUGACUCAUCACUAGAAAUCAGAUUUCUACCGUUCGGUUUUGAACGAUGGCUCAACACACUGCCAGCCCUGUUCUCAUUUUUUGACGAAGGUCCAUUUGCUGGUUGGGCACAUAUUCCGUUCCUCCUCUCGCCGACUCCAUUCGACAGUUCAAGGGCCAAUCCCCAUUCUGACACAAUCCUGGAGACUCGGAGUAAUUGGACGCGUGACUCAACAAAUUUGUGGCGUCACUGGCUCAAUACAUGCCUGGAAACCCACGCUACCUGUCGUGCUUUUGAGCAGCGUCUCGAGACUUACUCACCCAAGAGGCUAAUUGAAGUUCUCACGAAUACCAAUGGCAAGGUAUCUGGUUGGAGGCUUGCCAAUUCGUCCAGGACUGGUACGGUUCCUUAUUUCACAUUGAGCCACUGCUGGGGUUCUUACCAGCCCCUGCGCCUGACGAAGGAUAACAUUUCCUCUCUAUCGAACUCAUCAUCCGUCCAAAAAUUGCCCAAGACCUACCGGGACGCACUAGCUAUCGUCAACUCACUGGGCUACAAGUAUAUCUGGAUUGACUCUUUGUGCAUCUGCCAAGACGACGAAGAAGACUGGGAGAAGGAGUCCUCACUGAUGGGACGGACUUAUAGUUACGCCAUCUGUAACAUUGCCGCCACCUGCGCCGCAGAUGGUCAGGAUGGAUUGUUCAGCACCAGAGAUCCGACUACAGUAUGCCCUACCUUCAUAAAGCUGGACCCCAUCAUCGAGGGUUCUUCUACGUACCAGGUAUCGCGGUCCAAUGACUAUGCAUACAACGAAGACAUUACUCAGGCACCCCUCAACGAGCGAGGCUGGGUCGUACAAGAGAGAUACCUAGCACGGAGACAGCUGAGUGCCACUAAAUCUCAAUUCUACUGGGAAUGCCAUGAUCUAUUGGCAUCUGAGGAAUUCCCCUAUGGGUAUCCCGCCGAUAAUAACGACAUUUCGGAGCGGCCGUGGCGUUUUGGAGCGACUCAAAGCCCUCGGAAACCGUGCCUAGAUAUCAACGACGAGAAGCAGGCACGACAGGGCUGGGCCGAGCUCGUGGAAUUAUAUUCACGCUGUCAUCUUAGUCGAGUAACCGACAAACUAGUCGCCCUAUCCGGCUUGGCGAAUCAGGUGCAGAGCAUGGUGGACGACACAUACCUUUUUGGACUAUGGAGGAAAGAUCUUUACCGGCAGCUCUGCUGGAGGCCUACUUAUCCGACUGAUGUUCCCCGGACGACCAACUCAAUUGCUCCAACGUGGUCGUGGGCAAAUUGCAAUGAAAUGAUUGAAUUCGAUCCAGCAUACUACGAUACAGAUCACCAAUACGUAUCCUUGAUUGAAGUUGCAGACGUUCCGAGCAACUUGACGGAAAAGCUAACGCUGCGCGGCCUGGCCCUGAAGAGCCGCAUUUCGAGGAAGUUACGGGGUUACGUUGCUGGGAAGGCGUAUUACAUUACACACCUAUCUCUCCAUGUACUUGGAACUCAACACAUCCCGGCAUCGAGAUCUACAGAGGUCACCAUCUACUGGGAUGAAGAAUUCUCUCAAGAAGAUGAUCUGAAUUCUGAGAAAUGGUCCAACCUCCAGGAGCAGCGCAGCUCAGAUUUGCUGUUCUUAACAGUUCACAGCUGUAGAUACUCGUCUGGAGAACUGAUGGGAACUUUCAUGAUAGAUGACAAGGGCAAUCAUGUUCUAAAACACCUGGUCUCGCAAUUGGCCUUGCGAGGCGACACAAAGGAAUCCUCGGCAGCCGAUCUGAUCCAAACUAUUACUAUUGUUUGA